AUGAACCUGCGCCGCCGCGAUGUGACCACCGCCGCCCUCCCUCGCCCCAUCGAGCCGCUCCCGCCCCAUGUCGUUGCUCAGAUCAAGUCUUCGACCGCCAUCACCGACCUGACGGCCGUCGUCCUGGGCCUGUUGUUGAACUCCCUCGACGCCGGCGCCGCCAGGAUCGACGUGGCUAUCGACACCCGCCGCGGCGGCUGUGUCGUCGAGGACGACGGCUCCGGCAUCCUGCCCGCCGAGUUCAGGGAAGCGGGUGGUCUGGGCAAACCUUAUAGCACUUCGAAACAUCAGAGCUCCCUCCCCGUGCAUGGGCGCAAUGGCACGUUCCUCGCCUCCCUGGGUGCCUCGUCCCUCUUGACCAUUACCUCGCAUCACUCCCUGCACAGGUCGCACAACACGAUUGUCGUGCAUCGAUCACAGGUCAUCUCCAGGCUGCUCCCUGCCCCGCAUCAGCAGGAACUCGCCCUCCACGAUCAUGGCACGCGCGUCACAGUGCGGGACCUCUUUGGCAACAUGCCAGUGCGAGUCAAGCAACGUGCGAUGAUGGCCGAUGACCGCGGCGAGGCCGAACGUCAAUGGGACGCUCUGAAGAAGAUCAUCACAGGUGUGCUUCUCGCGUGGAGACGGCCGGCGUCGGUGCGCCUCCGGGAUGUACAGAGCAAUAAGAACAUCACUUUGCAAACCACACGCCAGGAGCCGAGCGGUACAGAACGCAUCGGGAAAGUAAAAGUCCACGAAGAGUUACGCCCUUUGCUUUCCAUAUUCUCACAGGCCUCUUACAUCACGCCCAAUGAAUGGGGAUCUUGGGUUCCUGCCUCAGCGUCGACUGCUUCGAUAGCCGUCAAAGGAGCCAUAUCACUAGAGCCGGGUCCUACCAAAACUAUUCAAUUCAUAUCAGUUGGUGUCAAGCCAAUAUUUCCGGACAGAGGCCAUAACGAGAUCUUUGAUGAAAUUAACCGCCUGUUCAAUGCAUCGAACUUUGGCACGGUCGAUGAAGAGCCAGAACUGGAUGAGCGAGAAAAGGAACGUCGAGUAGAAGACAAACGAUUCAAAAUCGAUGGCCCCACGCAUCGACAGCUCAAGGGCGGCAGGAAAGGUGCUGACAGAUGGCCAAUGUUCUGCUUGCAUGCCACUCUCAAAGACAAUGAUGAGGAUGCGCUUAGUUCGGAAUCGAAGCUGCACUCUAUCAUUGAGGUUCUACGAGCUAUGAUCACCCAAUGGCUUUUGGUACAUCAUUUCCGACCGCGAAGUCAACGGACAAGAAAGGGGGGAAGCAAACCAGGCUCUGUUUCAAGUGACGUCUCGGGUUCUUCUAUGCGUGCCUCUGCAGGCGACACCAAGUCGUUUGUAGGGCAUGAUAAACCUGCGUUGAGCACUGUCGAAGACAAUACCGAACCAGGUUCGCAGCACGCACCUCUCGGGGUUGGUCAAAAGCGAAAACGUCCGAGCACCUCGGCAGCAAAGGCUGCUCUUGGCACAGCAUAUAAUGAGCCGAAGAUAUUCAGUGAUUGGAGCAGAAUUAGAAGCGCAAAUCCUUCCUUCUACAAUAACAUAUGGUCUUCGAGAAAACCGGGCUCGGCACAUGGCGCAUUACCGGUAGAGGCGACAAAAUCAGAGAGAGUCUCUCUAGCUGCGAACUCAAGCAACAAGGGCACUGAGUUAGGAAGAUGCUCAGGUCUCUUUAGGCCAGACCCCAUCUUACCUGGUCAACUUAGUUCAGUAAAACAUUCUCGUGACGAUUCUGUGCGGCAGCCCGAGUCAUCUCUGGAUCACCAAACAAACAAUGUUGCGUCUGUCACGCAUUCAUUGAUACAGCCGUCCGGAGAUGACACCGUAAAAUUGACUGACACAAUGAGCAACGAGACCUACCUCGUGAACUCCAGGACAGGUGUUGUUAUCAAUCGAGAUGGUCAAAAACCGAACUCGUCAGGGCUAUCGACGUAUGGAGAACCCGCAAGCAUUUCGUCUGUCUUCGACAGGCCCCUUAGCCUGUCUCGUAGAUCUAAAAGUGCGGGUAACAAAGGUGAUAGCGGCAGCAAGUGGCUUGAUGAUUUUCUCGCCAAGUGGGAUAACCCGAUAUUCCGUCCAAGCGCUGCCGCCAUACCGCAAGUGAGCCUACAAGGUAUAAGCAGCGAAUCCAGCGGGAUCCUUUCCGGUCGGCAAGGUCACUACUCUCACGAGGCAAUCAAACAAGCAUUCACAGAGGCUUCCUCGCUCGAGGGGACAAAGCUGUCAAAAGACGCUUUGAAGCGAGCCUCUGUCGUGGCACAGAUCGACAAGAAGUUUAUUCUAGCAAUCAUGGACGGCAGCGAAAGGACCAGCGCACCUUCUCGUCAUGAUGAGAUCAACGCACCCAAGCGGAUGCUUGUGAUCAUCGACCAACACGCUGCAGACGAGCGCUGUCGAAUUGAGGGUCUGCUAGCAGAACUUUGCAUGCCUGCAGCUGGACAGGGCCGCGGUUACCGCUCUGAGCUUGGCCAUGCGUCCGGCAUCAAGACGAGUGUGCUCGCAGAUACGUUGUAUUUUGAGAUAUCGGACCGAGAAGCGCAGCUGUUUGAGUUGUACGCGGCGACAUUCGCAGACUGGGGCAUCCUCUUCGACAUUGGCCAGUCGGGGGCGCGGAAAAUUCUCAUUGUUAAAACGCUACCAGGGGGCAUAUCAGAGCGAUGCCAGGCCGACUCGAAGCUGUUGAUAUCGCUCCUGCGGACCGAAGUGUGGAAGCUUUCCGGUGGAGGUGGAGCCCGCACGUCGUCGUCCGACGCGAGCAAAACGAUGACCGUCGCAGACUCGGCAAGCGAGACGAGCGGACGAGAUUGGCUUAGGCGGGUGGGCAAGUGUCCCGAAGGGAUUCUGGAGAUGUUGAAUUCACGUGCAUGCAGGAGCGCCGUCAUGUUCAACGACGAGCUGACUGUGGCGCAGUGCUCAGAGCUGAUGGAGCGGUUAGCCACAUGCGCGUUCCCAUUCCAGUGCGCGCACGGGAGGCCUAGCAUGGUACCAUUGGUCGAAGUGGGUGGGGGUGUGGCUGGAGGCGAGGGUCUGGGCGUGGCCGAAGGAUGCGGCGGCUCUAGCAACACUGGCGGGGAAGGGGGAAGCGGGUUUGUGGAGGCGUUCAGACGCUGGGGCGGCGGGGGGGUAGAGCAAGAUAAAAGGCCGGCAUCACGAGAGACUAGAGAGCAGUAG